GGCAGCAUCACUCCAGUGAAGACUAAGUAAGUAAAGUGAAGGAAACCUUCAGGAACGAUAAGGUUCACAGAAAAAGCGAUAACGUUGGGAAGAGUGCGCACUACAACACAUAAGAGGUUUUGCACGUCGCUCAUAUGUUUCACGAAACAAAUUGUUUCCCGAUCCUGUAGGACAUGUCUUUCUUCAGAAGGGCCGCUGGCUAAAAUGCCGACACCGGAGAAUUCAUUCCCCCGUUACCAGGGUCACCCGGUAAGCUUUGUUUUUUUGACAGAGGGUUUGAUGUCAGAUGCUCUUUAGAUACAGCCAACUCGUUGCAAGUGUUUUCCCAUGCUAUUCAGACCAUGGACACAUUGUUGGUGAUGAAAUCAAACGAGUUCAGCAGUUGAUGGGAGCGAAGGUGCCAUUCAAUUGAUUGGAGACUAAGAUGUCCAUCACUAUCACCAGGGUAUCAAAUUUCCGGGGCCUGGGAUGAUGAAACUGAGAACUAGUUGAUAGUUUCGGGUGCCUGAGAGAAGCAACCUCCCAGUUGAAUUGACAAGAGCUCAUUAGCAGGGUGCAGCCCCCCAUGAUGGAAGUCGCAACCCAGCGACGACAGAAUGGCAACCAAAAGUGCUUUUCUACUGCCCAUUCACACUCGUUGUUUUGAGACCUCCCUAUAUUAUUGUAGAGAACACAUGUGAAGACGAAACCCCGCGCGCAGCGUCACUUCACCGCAGCCAUCUCCAAUUUUGAGUCCCCAAGCCCCACCUCUUCACCGCAGCGUCGCUCCGUAGACCGGAUCUCGUUUCGGGUCUCGACCGGGCCAUGAAGCUGGAGAACGCGGUGAUCGCCGUGACGGGCGGCGCCAGCGGCCUGGGCGCCGCAGCGGCGGAGCUGUGCCGCGCGAAGGGCGCCAAGGUGGCGGUGUUGGACAUGAACAAGGAGAAGGGCGAGGCCUUUGCGCAAAGCCUGGGCGACAACGUUAUCUUCCUAGAAUGCAAUAUUUUGGAUGAGAAGUCCGUGGCAGACUGCAUGGCCGCCAUCAAGGAGAAGUUCGGCAAGCUUAGCGGUGUGGUGAGCUGCGCUGGAGGGCAGACCAUGGGCACUGGCCUCACGGUGGACAAGAAAGGAAAUCCUCAUCCGUUGGCGCCCUUCCGGAAAACCGUGGAACUCAACAUCAUCGGCACCUUUCUCGUCGCCUCCCAAAGUGCCGCGCUGAUUGCGCAGAACGAACCCGAGGACGCGGAUGGCGAGCGGGGCUGCAUCGUCAACGUUGCCAGCGUGGCGGCAGAGGAUGGGCAGAACGGGCAGAUCGCCUAUGGGGCAGGAAAAGGUGGCAUUAAGGCCAUGACACUGCCAAUGGCCCGGGAUCUGGGCAAGAGAGGUAUCCGUGUGAACUGCAUCUUGCCCGGCGUCUUUGAUACGCCGAUGACCGCGCCGCUGAAGCAGUUCAGACCCGAGGUCUACAAGAACUUGGCGCAAUCGCCGAUCUUCCCCAACACCCGACUGGGUGCGCCCGAGGAGUUUGCGCAAAUGGCCGUGGCCAUUCUGGAGAACAAGUACGUGAACGGUGAGAGCAUCCGCGUGGAUGGCGGCAUCCGCAUUGGCAAGCUUUGAGAUGACACUGGAUCUCCUGCUACUUUUUUUUUGCAGGGGAAGCGUCUCUUGCAUGUCAUUUUGCAUGUGUUUUUUGUUUUGCG